AUGGCUGUCGCUCGAGGUCGCACUGCCCGCGCUGCCCUUCUGUUGGCCCUUGUCGUGCCUGCCACGCUUUGCUUCACCGGUGCCUUGGCGCCAGCCUCCCAGGGCCGCACUGCUCGCGCCGCCGAGGCUGCCACCGGCUCCAGCGGCUCCUCCUCGGUCGCGCUGGUGAAGGUCACAAAGGAGAACAGCAUCGCCACUGCUGGCGUCCUGGGUGGCGUGACCGGCCUCCUGCUUGGCGGCUUCUGGAUUGGCGCUGCAGGUUUCGUCGCAACCUCCUACUUGGCAAAGAAGGAGGACUCCGAUGUUGCCACUGUGCUGAAGGGCGUUUCGAGCGCAUCUCUGGAGGCGAUCAAUUUUGUGGACUACCUGAACUCCAAGUACGACGUCACCUCCAAGGUUGGCACCGCCCUGAAUGAUGCCUUGGAGAAGUCCGACAGCGAGACCACCUCCACCGUGAAGGGCUCCCUGGACACCGUUGGCGAUGCUAUCACUAGCUUCGACAAGGAUGUGGGCAUCAAGGAUACCCUCGGCUCCCUCAUCCUCUCCGGCACAGACCUUGCAAAUCAGCUGGCCGCCAAGGUUGUGGAGCUGAACGACCAGUACAAGGUCACCGACCAGAUCAAGGCCAAGAUUGAUGAGUCCCUGGAGAGUAAAGCUGAAAAAGAGUGCUUGCCAUUUGCAUUCUUAGUGUUGCAAAGAGUGGUUCUUCCUGAGUCCAAGUGGUGCUACAUGUGGACGGACGUUGCCAAGCUGGGUCAGCAUGGCGCUCCGCUUCAGGAAGAGCAGGAUGUUGUCAGAGUCGAUGCCAAUGGUAUCGAACUCGCCACAGCACUCCAGGAGGCAGCUGCCAGGGUCUCGGAGAUUAUCGAGAGGGCAGAGUGGCUUCUGGAUCCAACCUCGGCAGAAGCCAAGUCUGCAGCGGAGGGCGCGCGGUCCUUCGUGAAGCUCUUCUUCGAUGAGGGCCAGGCCCGGAGUCCAGAAGCCCUCCACAGCGCCGCGAAAGAUCUGCCGCGGCUGGUAGUGGAUGGCUUCGAUCGUGAGCAGAUUUGGGAAGAGAUGGAGGUGCAAAAUGUGCCUCUUCGCCAGCAUUUGCGCAAGCGAGUCUCGAAACUUGCAGUAGCACCCAAGGGAGCCAUUGACCUCACGCUUGCUGCGAGCCAACCGGUCCUUGAGGAUGAUCGUGCGGAAGCAGCCUUCGACACAGCAGAAGAUGCUGAGGAAACUCUGAAGGAGGCUCGGGCAAAGAAGAGCACAAAGAAAGGGCGGCCAGCAGAAGCCGCCGCGGAGAAAGAGGAACAAGAGGCUUUGCCGGAUGAGCUGAUAGAGCCUCAAGAGGCUGACACAUCUGGCAAAGAGGACUUCUUCAGCCUUGAAGACAUGGAAAAGUUUGCUGAUAUGGCUGACAAAGGUACCAUGAGGCUCGACGAGGAUGCAGACGAAAGCGAUUUCGAUCUCCUCGAGGCCGGAGAUGGUGAUGAAGGUGACGACGCGGUAAACGCGAAAUUCUCGGAUUUCUUCGGGGCACCAGAUAGCAAAGUCGCAAAGCCCGCCGGGAAGGCUGCAAAGGCCAGCCAAGAAAGAAAGGCAGAGCUGAUGCAAGAGGAAGAGGAAGAGGAGGAUGAGGCCCUGGAUGAGGGCGAGGAGGAGGAGGAGGAGGCAGAAGGCGACCUGGAGGAGCUAGAUGAAGAGGAGAAGGCCUUGGAGGCCCAGCUCAAGGCACUGCAGUCUCAGGGCGACCAGGAUGACGAGGGCGAGGAGGAGGAAGAAAAGGAGGUGGACGAAGAGGGCGAGGUCUCUGGCAAUGAAGAGGAUGCGGAUGCUGCAGGAAAGCGCAAGCCUAAAGCAAAGGAGAAGUCGCUCUACGAAAUGGACAGGCGUCUGCAGUCGUUGGAGGAGGAGGUGCGAAAGCUGGAAGAAGAACAGCUACAGGAAAAGAGCUGGGAAAUGAAGGGAGAGGUCACUGCACGCCAUCGGCCUUUGAACUCCUUGCUGGAGGUGGCAUUGGACCAGCCAAUGACCCACUUCGCUGCACGCCGAGCAGAGGAGACAGCAGGUGAUGCCGAGCUUGAUGAACAGGCACUCGAGGAUGCGCCUGGUGCUGACGCAGCCGCGGCGCGACGGCCAAAGUUGGACCUCGAGGCCAUCAUCAAGCAGCGUAUUUGGGACGAAUCUUACGACGAUGUGGUUCGAAAGGCCCAGCUCCCGCCAUCCCAGCGACCGCAAGGGGCAGACGAGGAUGCCGUGGAGACCUUGAACUUCGAGAAGAGCCGUGUGGGUCUCGGCGACAUCUAUGCAAAGCAGUACGAGGCAGAGAUGCUCGGUCACCAAACAGAUCAGCAGAAAGCCGAAGACAAGGAGAAGGCUGAGCUGAAGCAGCUUUUUGCCAAGCUGAUGUACAAGCUAGACCUGCUGUCGAAUGCCCACUUCACGCCCCGGCCUCCCAUGGCUGGCACGUCGGCUGAGGGUCUCAAGGUGCCUUCGCUGAAAAUGGAGGAGACCAUCCCCCUGAUGGUUUCGGACGCCACGCUGCAAGCGCCAGAGGAGCGAAAAGCGCCACGGCGACAUGUCAAGGACCAAGCAGAGCUUACCCCGGAUGAGAAGGCAGCUGUGCGCCGCACACGGAAAGCCGCGCGUUCAAAGCGGCUUCAAGACAAGGUCGAAAGCGGCGAAAUGUCGCUGGCAGGACGUCGCGAAAGAGAUGCCAAGCUGCAGGAGAAGAACAAGGCGGCAAAGGAGGAGAAGGCCGCUCGAGGUCAAGUCAAAGAACAGAAGAAGCGGCUUAAAGCCAGCGAGCUGCUGUCACAGGCUGCGGAGAACGCCAAGUCCGACAUAUCAAAGAAGGAUGCUGUAAAGAAGCAGCGCGAAGCCAGACCAGAGAACACACCAGCCUCGAAGCGCUUAAAGCUUUGA